AUGGCCCGUUCGAAGUACAAGGAUCUUGAUAUUGAGUCCCUCAGUGCUCAAGCACAGGGGGACUUCCUGUGGGCUGUUUUGGUCACUCGUUUUCUCCUUGAGCAUCCGCCUCGCGUGCUUGAUGCCUACAACGGAACAGAGAAUGUUACAGACAUCCCCAACAACCUACCAGGCCUAGCAAAUAUUGUGACAGAAUACUCGAACUUCCAGUCUUGUGGAAAAGCUACUGAGUAUCUGACAAUCGCUCGCGAAGCAAAAGGGUACCUCGCUGCCGAAAUCCUCUACUUUCACAACUUCGACUUUGCCAAUGAUAUGUUCGCUUUUAUGACACCAAAAGACCUUUUAUCGACCCAUGACGAGAAGACAAAAGAACUACAUCACCAGAUUUAUCUUCGGAAAGGGUUCGAUUGUGAUCUCUCGGUCUUCAAAGCAUCAGUUUCUUGGCUCAGGCGAAAAUCUUUCAGGAGCGGCGAAUUCGUCGACUUACAGCCCGAGCCGGCAGCGAUCAGUCUAGCAUAUGUCAAUAGUCUUUCAAAGUUCCAUAAGAGAUUGGGAAGUACCUUGCCCGAUUUUCAAGACACAUUCAACCAGCCAGUCGACGUUUACUGGAUGACAAAGGCUGUCAACAUCCGAGGAGGCUUUCAAAACAACUACCGAUCACCUCUUUGUUCUGCGCUUGGAGCAGCACCACAUAACCUUCAUCCAGCGCAUCUCAGCUCAGAUUCUGUUGAUAUAUCGCUAUUUAAAUCAAUCCUUGCUCUUGGGCAUAAGCCAAACAAGUUUCACCAUGCAGGGGAGACACCCUGGGUGUCCUUUGUGAAUACCUAUGUUCCUAACACAUUGUCCGAUUCACCCCUGAGGCUCGACAAGAUAGACAUCAAUCUGAUAAAUGAGAUAUCCAUUCUCAUGCUUGAAAAUGGGGCCAGGGCAGGAGACCAUGUCGAACUUCUGGACAAGAAAUUGAGGACGUGGAAAGUUCCAAUUUGGUUCAAGUUCCUCAUGCUGGCCCAUUGGGUACCGACUUUCCAACAGGCCAUGUUCGAACGUGUUUUCAGUAUGAUAUUAGAGAGGGCCCCAUAUAUCCUUGAUUCCAGAGCUUUACUAGAACUCAAAUCUGAUGGCGAAACAUAUGAAUGGGUUCCUUUUCCAUUAUGGGCAAUCUGUGCUGACAAUUUUGCACUGCCUAACGUGUCCGAUUCUAGCCCAUCUGAUGCUGAUUUUGUGUUCAGGGUAUUUGCAGGAGUCUGUGAAAAGGAUCUGGAUAACUUGGAAGUGUCUGAAAGCUCUCGAAAAUACCUCUCGAGUUGCUUCCUUCCAGACUACCCAGAGCUUAGUAGACAAAUACUGAUGCUCAUUCCCGGAAGCGACUCCAGGACGAUAGGCUUCACAACAAUAACCUCGGUCAAGCGGGACAUAAACACAGAGAGUAUUAAUAGUCUAAAUUCUACGGAUGUGACUUCAAUCGAGCUUCCAGAAGGUAUAGAGGUUGAAUCUCCUAAAGACGGUGCGAUGUGCAACAGCGCGGUCAUUAACGAAGUUGGCUCAAUUCAGUCAAUUGACGAAGAUAUUCAGUCAAACAACAGCAGCAUUGCGCGAACUCCAGGUAUCAUCGCCGCCGAGCGCCAAAUUGGCGACUUGCUUUCCCGGCAUCCGGAUCUCCGUUUUAUCAUUGAUAUGUCAUUAGCACCUAUGCCAAAGGAGAAGCUCGAGCGCAAUAUUCGAAGAUCACUCAAGCUUUUGUAUCUUAAACUCAAAGAUCACGAGGAAAAGCACAUCGAAAUCCAGGUUUUGACAACUCGAAUGCUCAAGGGGCGAGGUUCAAGGACUAGAAUCUCAAAAAGAACUGUCUAUGGCGAGUCAAAAUCCUCGCCUCCAGGGAACAGCAACGAAGAAGAAGAAAUACGCCCAAGCUUUCGAAAAGAUCGAGCUUAUCUCAACAAUUGGAUAUUAAAAACGGAACUGUCUGCAAGACCAGAUGAGAAGCCUCAGCAGCCAGCGGCUGAGACUGAUGGUAUCAAGCUGACAGAAAGCGACGACGGUAUUGGGGAAGAAAUAGAGAGCGGUUCUGAAGAAUUCCAGGCAGUCCAAGUCGCAGAAGAAUUUCUCAUCAAAGGUCCUCCUUUCCAGGCGUUCUUAGUCCGUCUUGGACUCUCAUUAUUGCCUGACACUCUCAGACAAGUCAUGCAGUUAGCUGCUUGGGAUACCAUUCAACUGAUCGAUACUCCGGCUGAAGCCUCACUUUCUGAUAAAAUCAAGACUUCUGUGGAAGAGCUGACCGGCAGUCCCUGGGAUUGGCGGCCACUCAAACCGCCGGAAGUACCUUUGCAAACGGGCUUUGUGCGAAUGAACUGGGCAUGUCUUUGCAACAAGCCGCUUUGGAUCGAUAUUACUCCUUCUCAAGCACAAAUCAUCAAGAGAUUAGCCAAGAACCCUACCGCAUUGGCUGAAGACCCUCACAAAUUGACUCAUAAAAGGCGAAAUAUCUUCCAAAGGUUCACAGCAAGGUUCAAAUGGAACUCUGGAGCCCUAUUGCCUAUCUCGACGCCAGUAUCCCAAGGCAGUCAACAACCGUAUGUUGUGGGCGGCAAUAACCACAUCCAACGAGGGGUGGCUACUACAGAGCAGAACAACAUCCCGCCUGUGACUAUUGAUGAUCUGAGGAUCCAAUUUGGAGUACCCAUGGGGCUUAAAACGCUACAUGUGACUUCGACCCCGGUCCAUCAACCAGACAGCAACGUCUUUCCACAACUGAAGGCUGAGUAUAGAAGAAUGCGAGGCCGAUGGAGAGCCUGGUUCUCUUUCUGGCAGCUUAGUCACUGCAAUUUCGUUAAGUUCGAAAGCAUUGCCCGCAACAUUGUUGUCGCUUGUGGUCAAGACCUGCCAAAGGCUAGCGACUUGGACUACGAUUAUACGCCAAAGCCACCUCAAGCGUCAAUACCACCUGUUCACCCACACAUCUUUGAAGCUGCAUUCAACAGCUGCACUGGUGGCAAAUGCCGAAACCCCUCUCCUUUUCACGACUGCUACGAGUUUGAAGAAAUGACUUACAUAAAGAGAAUUCCGAAGAAAAAGACGCCACUUUCACCAGGAACCAUUGAUAUCCCUAUUUGGGGGCUCGAGGCCCGGCAUUGCAUCUCGUGCUUUCAUGUUAUUAUAUACCACUUGCUUAUUCUCGGUCCCCCCUUUGUGUUGUGGGGAUGGUGGAUGAGUAGACAUCCCGAUGACAUACAAAGCGCAUCUGUUCCCAUGACUGUUGUUUUGGCAAUGAUUUCUAUGUUUUGGAGUGCUACUGGAAUUAUGAAGCAAUUUCGUGGUGAGCCAUAG